ACUCCGGUGACAGACAGGCAAGCGUUUGGAAUUUCAGAUACCAGCAGAUGAAGACAGGCAGGCACCCCAUUGCCGUGAAACAGCCUACUGUCAUGUCGUUUAGGAUUUCCGUAGAACACCGGCCGGCCGGUUGGCAUCGGCAUCGGACCCUGGCAGGACGGGAAGAGAGGCUCUCCCUGCAGACCGUUCAAUACGGGAAGCAAAGGGGAGAGGGCUAAGAAUGGCAGGCACUUUCUAAUAAUAAAGCAUGCGCCGCUCCCUAAUUAUACUCCCGGCCCUCUCUCCCCCUUGGCCACCGGGGCCUCUUUCUUCCCUUCUCCUUCUUGCCAUGGACGCAACAAUGCAGCAGGCGAUCGGUCGAGCCCGCCAGCAGCCCGUGGAUUGCAAAGGGCCACGGGAAGAAUCAUCCGUUCGGAACUGAUCAUUUCGUUCUUUCUUCUUCUUUCCCCACGCACUACUGCUCUCGAUCGGCCUCUGCGCGCGACAUAAUAUCGGGCCAUCCAUCCUUUCUCCUUGCCCUCCUCUUCUGCGCACGUCGCUCGAGGCCCGUAAAGCUGCACGCUUUACAGGUAUAUACGCCGGCCGCCACGCGGUAGGUAGGUUAGUUUAUGCUGGUUGCUGGAGCGGCGGAGCUCAGUGCGGCGAUCGGGAAGCAUGGCGCGGGAGGAGAACCGUGGGCCGCCGGCAGACCAAGCCGGCGGGGAGCAGGCUACAGGACCGUCCGAUAUGGAUAUGAUGAAGGAGAAGUUCGCCAAGCUGCUGCUUGGGGAGGACAUGUCCGGGUCCGGGAAAGGUGUGCCGUCGGCGCUGGCCUUGUCCAACGCCAUCACCAAUCUUGCAGCUUCUGUGUUCGGCGAGCAACGGAAGUUGGAGCCCAUGGCCCCCGACAGAAAGGCAAGAUGGAAGAAAGAAGUGGGCUGGCUCCUUUCCGUGGCAGAUCACAUCGUCGAAUUCAUUGCCAAGAAACAAGUCUUGCCUAACGGCGUCGAAAUGGAGGUAAUGUGCACGCAGCAGCGAACGGAUCUGCAGGCGAACGUGCCAGCUUUGCGAAAGAUCGACACGAUGCUUGUCGAUUACCUGGACAACUUCAAGGACCGCACCGACUUCUGGUACGUGAAGCGCGACUCGGCCACGGAAACCGAGAAGGAGGAUUCGCAGAGGGGGGACGAGAAAUGGUGGAUACCCAUAGUGAAAGUGCCCCCAAACGGGCUGUCCCCGGCGUCCAGGGCCUGGAUCCAGCACCAGAAGGAGCUGGUGAACCAGGUGCUCAAGGCAGCAAUGGCCAUCAACGCCAACUGCCUCAUGGAGAUGGCCAUACCCGAAUGCUACCUAGAAACACUACCCAAGAACGGGAGGGCGAGCCUUGGGGACGCGCUGUACCGGAUCAUAACGGACGUGGAGUUCGACCCGGACGACUUCCUGUCGACGGUGGAGCUGAACACGGAGCACAAGAUCCUGGACCUCAAGGACCGCAUUGAGGCGUCGGUGAUCAUAUGGAACAGGAAGGUGCACAACAAGGACGGCAAGUCGGCGUGGGGCUCCGCGGUCAGCCAGGAGAAGAGGGAGCAGUUCGAGGAGCGGGCGCAGACCCUGCUUCUCAUCAUCAAGCACAGGUUCCCCGGCAUCCCCCAGUCCGCCCUCGAGAUCGCAAAGAUUCAGGAAAACAGGGACGUUGGGUUUGCUAUCCUGGAGAGCUACUCCAGGGUGCUGGAGAGCCUGGCCUUCAACGUCAUGUCCCGGAUAGAGGACGUGAUCAUCGCCGACAGGGUCGCCAGCGAGAAGGCCAAGAAAGACAUGCCGCCGGGGUCAGCACAGCAGGCGAUGGAGGCAGGCGCGGAGGGCCUCGACGGCGGCAUGGCGGACAGCAGGACGCUGCUCGACUUCAUGGGCUGGACCGGCGACCCGGAGGGCAAGGGCGACGACAAGUCUCCGGCGGCGCCGGAACAGGCGCAGGACGACGGGAGGCUCAUGAAGCUGCCCAAUAUCAUGACCAACCUCAAGAACACGUACAUGGACGUCCUCGGCGGCCACCGGAGCCCGCCUGGUCGCACUUAGAGGCGAUUGCGAGAUUUUUGCAUGUGUUUGAUUUGGCGUAGUGUACAUAUAUAUAUUCUGAUAAAAACGGGCGGCCGCUUAAUUUGUUGUGUAGCCCGCAGUUUUUGACUUGUGAUUUUGCACGCUUCGAGCCUUGUCUCUGUAUGAUUAAUCCUAAAGGAUUGACCAAUAUAUCGGAUCUAGAGCCGUUUGUAAAUUGAUGAGAAAUUUAGUUUUAGAGCUAUUGGGACUUUAAACAUGCAGCAA